CAAGUAUAAUGUGUUAAUGUUUGUUUUUCUUAAAUCAUGUUCGUGUAACAUGAUGCUUAUAGAACAUAGGACUCUAUUUUUAAUGUUUUGUUAUUUGUGUAUCGUAUUAUAACUUAUAGCAUUAUAGUCUGGUGCGAGUACAAGUUUUAUCAAGAAAACUUUUAAACAAUCAGUCUGUGUUCAUAAGACAGAAGCUUAAAAUAAAAUGCGUCUUAAACGUCACCAAAAAGCCGAACGCAACAUCAAUUUCUACUGUGUCAGCUUUGGUUUUCGAAAACCGUUUCAAGUACUUGUUGAUGGCACGUUUUGUAUGGCUUCAGCACAAAACAGAGUACAAUUACGUGAAGACAUUCCAAAAUAUUUGGGCGGUGAUGUAAAAUUUUUAACCACUCAGUGUGUCGUACUUGAGACUGAAGCAUUGGGUGUCGGUGUUCGACCGGCCAUGCACAUUGUGAAGAAUUUUGGUAUUCAUAAAUGUGGACAUGAAAAGAAACCCAUGUCCGGAGCAAGUUGUCUGGCAUCAAUGGUAAAAGAUAAUAUGAAAACAAGAUAUAUUAUUGCCACUCAGGACAAGUCACUUCAAAAUGCCCUUUAUGUACUUCCUGCUGUUCCUGUCAUGUAUUUUAAUGGUUUAAGUGUCAUUCUAAAAGCACCUUCACCGACCUCUAUUGAUCAUGCCAAACAAAAGCAACUAUCUAGAUUUAAUUUAACUGAACAUGAAACCAAUGUUUUGACAAGUAUGAAAAGUUCAAUAACAACAGAAUUAAGCAGUAGUGAAGAAUUAAAAGAUUACCCUGGGGUAUUCAAAAGAGCUAAAGGACCUAAUCCACUUUCAUGCAAACCCAAAAAGAAGAAAAUUGUUGAAGAUAACAAUAUACCCAAAGUAGAAAAUAAAACAAAACGUAAAAGAAAUAGAGUAAAAAUACCAAAACAUGUUAAAGAAGAAUUAAGCAAAAUGAAUAAGCCAAUUUCAAUCUCAUAAAAGAUUUAGGAACAUCUCAUAAAAUGAACAUUUCAACAACUAAUUGUAUAAUUACAUUACAUUCUAUAAAUUUAAGUUUUUUAAUAUUAAUUUGUAUUAAUCAAUUAAUUAUUAUACUUAACUAAAUUGUAUUAUAAAUAUAAUACUAAAUAAUAAUGAUUUAUAUUCAAAAGUUAAAAAUUAUAAUUUUAAAUUUAAUAUGAGGGAUUAUAUUAUGGUGGUAGUGGCUCCAAUCAUUUUGACACUAUGUAUACGUAUCACAGUGCCUAAUUUAGGUGUGGUAUGAUAGUAGCCAAUGAUUGUCCGUAAAAUAUAGGUUUACAAGUUAUUGAUAUUGGAUAUAAUUAUAUACAGCUUACCCCGUAUUUAAGUGUGAAAAAUAAAUUCUGGAUCUAUGUACAAUA